CAUGCGCUUCAGCAAGAUUUUACUUCGCGCUUGCAUAUGGUGCUUGACAGAUGAUAAAUGGUAUUACUGAACAACUCGCAGGUACAGUAGUUUUGUGCGCCUAUGAUUGAUGAUGAAACAAAAACAAGUUGAACAAGCCAGUCCCAGCCCGUGUCAAACUGUUUCCACUGGGUCUUCUAGUUCUCCAGUGUGUUACGUGGUUGGCUGCACGCAACUGACUGAUUCAACACGCAAACAAUAGAAUAUCUAAAUAUCUAUUGCCUCUAUCUCCGCCAUGCCAGAGGAGCCAUGCUACAAACCAAAAUGAAAACCAACAAGCACGCCAAUGCAAGGAAUCCACAACACAAGAUGACAGCGCUGAGUUCUUCCUGGACUCUCCACCUCCUGCCUCUCUUCCUACUACUCCUACCAGCCGCCACCGGGGGCGCCACAUUUAACAUCACCAACCGAUGCCCCCACACCGUGUGGCCGGCUGCUAUGCCUGUUGGCGGUGGCCGGCAGCUCGACCCCGGGGAGUCAUGGAUACUCAACAUGCCGGCCAGCACCACCGGAGGGCGUGUGUGGGCACGCACAGCUUGCUCGUUCGACCGUGCUGGUAACGGCAGGUGCGAGACAGGUGACUGCAGCGGCGUGCUUGCUUGCACAGGCUACGGUCAGGCACCCAACACAAUGGCUGAAUUCGCGCUAGCCCAGUUCAACAAUACGGAUUACUUCGACAUCUCCCUGGUUGACGGCUUCAAUGUGCCCAUGGACUUCCUGCCGGUGCCGGCGAACAGACUGGGAGCGCAGGGUUGUAGCAGGGGGCCUCGAUGCGCAGCCAACAUAACAUCCCAGUGCCCAAAAGAUUUGAAGGCACCAGGGGGUUGCAACAGCGCGUGCACGGUGUUCGAGGACAAAGCCAAGUAUUGCUGCAUCGGGAACGGCACCAACACUUGCGAACCCACCACCUACUCAUUGGUGUUCGUAAGGAUGUGCCCCGAUGCAUACAGCUAUUCCAGGGAUGAUAGCUCGAGCACCACGUUCACUUGUCCCUCAGGCACCAACUAUCAGGUCGUCUUCUGUCCCUCAAACGACAUUUCAGCUUCACCUCCAGCUACAAAUCCUCAUGCACCUACUGGUACUGGGUCAACAUCCUUCACAAGAAGCAGAGUUUUCAGUGCGGUUCUAGGUUCCAUAGGCAGUUUGAUAGUACUUGUGGUAUUUAUCACUUUCUUUGCAUAUAAACUAAGAAAACAGCGACACCAGGAGAUGCAGGAAGAGGAUGAAGAGUUUGGGGAGCUACCAGGAAUGCCAACUAGGUUCACAUUUCAGCAGCUACAAGAAGCAACCGACCAGUUCAAGUGCAAGCUUGGGGAAGGAGGAUUUGGGUCUGUUUUCGAGGGGCAAUAUGGCGAAGAAAGAAUUGCAGUUAAACGUUUGGAUCGAGCUGGUCAGGGUAAGAGAGAAUUUUUAGCAGAGGUUCAGACAAUCGGCAGCAUUCAUCACAUUCAUCUGGUGAGGCUGAUCGGUUUCUGUGCAGAGAAAUUAGAUAGGCUUUUGGUGUAUGAGUAUAUGCCCAAAGGGUCCUUAGACAGGUGGAUCUUUAACUCACAUGACAAUGAUGCUCCCUCACUGGACUGGCAAACUAGACGCAAGGUUAUUACUCACAUUGCUAAGGGUCUAUGUUAUCUACAUGAGGAGUGUAUGAAGAGGAUUGCUCACUUGGAUGUCAAACCACAAAACAUCCUCUUAGAUGAAAACUUCAAUGCUAAACUUUCUGAUUUCGGAUUAAGUAAGCUCAUUGAUCGGGAUAAGAGCCAAGUGAUUACAAGAAUGAGAGGCACACCUGGAUAUUUAGCUCCUGAGUGGUUGACAUCCCAAAUCACAGAAAAAGCCGAUGUCUAUAGCUUUGGCGUUGUGGUCAUGGAAAUCAUCAGCGGUAGAAAGAAUCUUGACACUUCACGAUCUGAAGAGAGCAUACAUCUUAUUACCUUACUGGAAGAAAAAGUGAAGAGUGAUGAGUUAGCAGAUUUGAUUGACAAGCACAGUACUGAUAUGCAAGUACACAAGCAAGAAAUAGUGGACAUGAUGAAACUUGCAAUGUGGUGUUUACAAAUUGAACCAAAAGAAGGCCUCAAAUGUCCGAGGUGAUCAAAGUCUUGGAAGGUCACAUGAACGCAGAAAGCAAUAUUGAUCAUAAAUUUGUCGCAACAAGUCAAACAAUGUUCAGUAUUUCUGAAAAUACAGGUUCCUCAGACCCACCUCAAGCCUCAUAUUUAUCAGCCCC